AUGCCGAUUCUUAAAUCGGAAAAACUUGAAGGUCUCAUCGAGUAUGGCCUGAUGGUACAGGGCUUGUGCGAUCAUAUUGUGGCAGCUAAUGAGCAAGCUCAUCUCUCCAACCCAACACUCUUACUGGAACUAGUUAAAAAGUUACCCGAGAAUCACAAACUGAUGUGGGCGGGAUUUAAACGAAAUAUUGCAAAUGUCGAUCUAAGCGUAUUCUGCGAAUACAUGGCUGGCAUCGUGCGCGAUGCGUCGAGCGUUGUUUCUAUGGAGCUCGAAGAGAAAAGGUUUACCGGUAGAGAAAAUCCAGGACCGAAAGGCUAUAUAAAUUCGCAUGUCCCAGCAGACAACAGUUCGUUGGGUUCGCCAGAAGUAAAGCUAUUUAACUGCCUGUUUUGCAGUAAGUCUGGCCAUCGUAUUUGUGAGUGUAUUGCCUUUGAAGGCCUUAAUUCCGAUGAGCGUUGGAGAAAGGUCCGAUCUCUCGGACUUUGUCAAAACUGUCUUUUUAGUCAUGGCAGACGCUCCUGUCGAAGCAGUCAUCGGUGCGGAAUAGACGGGUGUCCGUAUCGUCAUCAUCCCCUUCUUCACAGCUACAACAAAACACCUCCCGAGUCCCAGCUAGCAAGAACAGAAAACCACACUCACCGUUAUUUAGACUCAAAUUUUCUACUUAGGAUAAUCCCGGUUACCUUGUACGGUAUUUCUGGUGCAGUUAGUGUUUAUGCAUUAUUAGACGAGGGAUCCACACUUACACUCGUAGAUAGUGACCUUGCGACGCAAAUAGGACUGAAAGGUACACUGGAACCGUUGUGCUUGCACUGGACGGGGAACACGUCAAGAAGAGAGGAAGACUCUGAGAAGGUAUCUUUCGAGAUUGCAGGUGUAGGACAAAACCGCCGCCAUAGGGUGACAGAAGCUCGUACCGUGAGAUGUCUCAACCUACCCAGUCAAAGUUUCGACCAUGAAACAGCAGCGAGACGAUUCAAAUAUUUAAAGAACGUGCCAAUAAAGGGGUAUAAGGAUGCUGUGCCGAAAAUCCUGAUUGGUGUUGAUAAUCUGCAACUGGCAGUGCCGCUGAAGGUGAAGGAAGGCAAAACUGCUGGUCCUGUGGUUGCUAAAACACGACUCGGCUGGUGCGUAUACGGCAGACUGUGGGCUGGCAUUGACAAAGCGUUCAGCUUUCACGUAUGUGAGAGUGUCUCGAACCAGGACCUACAUGACGCUAUGAAGCAGUUUUCCGCAACCGAGGAGGCCAGUGUAGAGUCUAAGCCCGUUCUAUCAGAAGAAGAAGAGCGAGCACAGAUGAUUUUGGAGACUACGACAAAACGUGUCGGGGAUCGAUUCGAAACAGGAUUACUGUGGAAGCAAGAUGACUUUACUCUACCGAAUAGUUACCCUAUGGCACUCCGCCGGCUUGAAUGCCUUGAGAGAAAAAUGAACCGCUGCCCAGAUCUGAAGGAAAAUCUCCAUCUCCAAAUUACAGAGUACCAGUCUAAGGGAUAUGCCCAUAAGGCGACCCCAGCAGAACUGACAAAUGCUGAUCCGCGUAGAAUCUGGUAUCUUCCGUUGGGCGCAGUAACGAAUGCCAAGAAACCUGGUAAAACACGCGUCAUUUGGGACGCAGCUGCCACAGUCAAUGGCGUCUCACUGAAUUCUGUACUACUCAAGGGUCCCGACCAGUUGACUUCGCUUCCCGGUGUUCUCUUUCUUUUUCGACAGUUUGAAGUGGCUGUCAAGAAACCUGAGGUCUAUCUGAUGGAUGUGGCAACGUUCGGAUCCACUUGCUCACCGGCAUCGGCACAAUACGUGAAAAAUUUAAAUGCGAAAAACCAUUCUAACCAGUUCCCUCGGGCGACGCUCGCUAUAACUGAUUGCCAUUACGUUGAUGAUUAUCUGGACAGUUUUGAGAGCUCAACAGAAGCACAACAAGUGGCAAAGGAAGUGCGUCUGAUACAUCAUAAUGGAGGAUUCGUCUUGCGUGGGUGGCGCUCGAAUAACCGUCGUGUGCUUGCAGAAUUGGGGGAAGUUGGCACCGCGGCCUGCAAAAGUUUAGUUUCAACGAGUAGUGAAUUAAUCGAACGAGUCUUAGGGUUGCUUUGGACACCCCACACCGACGAGCUCAGCUUUUCUACGCAAAUGAGCACUGAGGUACAGAUGUUGCUCUCCAGUGGCUGUCGACCAACAAAGCGGCAGAUAUUAAGAUGUUUCAUGACUUUGUUUGACCCAUUAGGGUUGCUCGCUCCGUUUGUUGUUCACGGUAAGGUGCUGAUACAAAACCUGUGGCGAACCGGGGCAGAAUGGGAUCAGGAAGUUGACGAUGCUUCCUUUGAUCUUUGGCAAAAAUGGAACCAGAUGAUCGAGUUCAUCAGUACUGUACGAAUACCCAGAUGUUACUUUAAGCAAGCAACUGCAGCAACGUAUAAAGAUGCACAAAUGCAUGUGUUCACCGACGCCAGUGAGAAAGCCUACGCGUGCGCGGUUUAUAUCAGAGUUGUAACAAAAAACGGAAAAGCGGAGUGUGCUCUACUGGCAGCCAAAGCUAAAGUCGCUCCGGUGAAACCUAAGUCUAUUCCUAGGCUUGAGCUCGAGGGCUGCGAAUUGGGAACGCGGCUGGCGAGACACGUUCAGGAGCACCACCGCGUUAUUAUGACCAGACGCUUUUUCUGGACCGAUUCGACAACAGCGUUGUCAUGGAUCCGAGCAGAUCCUCGAAAUUAUCGGCCCUUCGUAGCUCAUCGUGUUGGAAAAAUCCUAGAUUCAUCGAAUAUAACCGAAUGGAGAUUGGUAUCAUCAAAACUGAACCCGGCGGACGAAGCAACCAAAUGGGGAAAAGGCCCAUACUUCAGCGAUGGGAGUAAGUGGUUUUCGGGGCCAGAUUUUCUGCGACUGCCUGAAGAAAGGUGGCCACAUACCGUGGAAUCUUCCAUAGCCACGACAGAAGAAUCAAGAGCGUUCGUUAUGCUUCACACAGCGAUUUGCUAUGUUAUUCGUUAUGAACGAUUCAGCCGCUGGGAGAGAAUGCACAGAGCCAUGGGCUACGCGCUCCGAUUUUUGAACAACACUCGGUCCGAUCGCUCGAAGCUCUCGGGACAUCUUCAGCAAAACGAACUCAAAACGGCCAGAGAUACGAUAUUCAAGCUAGUGCAGCAUGAAGCAUAUACGGAGGAAGUAAUGCUUUUAAAGCAAAACGAGUCUGCAUCGCCAAACCAACGCACACCGAUUCACAAAGACAGUAGCCUCUACCAGUUCAUGCCUGUUAUGGAUGAGCACGGCAUGAUACGACAAAGCAGCCGAGCGAGGAAGGCAAAAAAUUUGCCGUUCGACAUGAAGUACCCCAUCCUGCUACCAAAAGAUCACUCAGUAACAAUCUUACUAGUCGACUACUAUCAUCGCAUUCUUCGCCAUGCUAACUCCGAAACAGUCGUAAAUGAAAUGCGACAAAUGUACAUGAUUCCGCGACUCCGCGUGUUAGUGAAAACCGUAUCUAGGAUGUGCCAACAUUGCAAAAUUCACUAUUUCGGCCCACUCUCGGUGAAAGUUAAACGAUCAAGCGUCAAACGAUGGAUUGCCCUCUUUACCUGCCUCACCGUGCGUGCAGUGCAUUUGGAAAUCGCAUAUGACCUGUCCACAGCCUCCUGCAUUGCGUGUGUGAGGAGAUUCGUUAGUCGCCGCGGAUCGCCAGUUGAAUUCUUAAGCGACAAUGGGACAAACUUUCAAGGCGCAGAACGUUUGCUCCGCGAACAGAUAAACGCAGGAUUGUCAGAAACUUUCACGAAUGCGGCAACUAAGAGGACUUUCAUUCCACCGGCAGCCCCGCACAUGGGCGGCGCGUGGGAGCGCUUGGUUCGUUCAGUUAAAACAGCAAUGGAAGAAGCGUAUUCGGAUGGGAAUUUGAAUGAUGAGGGGUUACAGACUUUAGUCGUGGAGGCAGAGAGCUUGGUGAAUUCACGGCCUCUGACCUACCUACCGUUAGAUUCUGAAGAGUCCGAAGCUCUCACGCCAAAUCACUUCUUACUCGGGUGCUCGGGAGGGGUGAAACAACCAGUAUCAAUUACCGGGAUAUCUAAGCUAAAGCUGCUAAUGGAAAUGUGGGAGCAAAUUCAAAACCAACUUACUACGUUUUGGAACCGUUGGCUGGUAGAGUAUUUGCCAGUAAUCCGAAGACAAACAAAGUGGUUCGACGAAACCCGUCCAGCCGAAGAAGGGGACUUAGUCUUGAUUGCCGAUGAGGCAAAACGCAAUGAGUGGAUACGAGGCCGAAUAGUUCAGGUGAUAAAAGACAGCGAAGGUUACAUUCGACAGGCAGUUGUGCGCACCUCCAAAGGUGAACUACGACGCCCAAUGACGAAACUGGCUUUAUUAGAUGUGAAAGAGAGUGCACUCCUGACGGGCCGCAAGAUGCACCGGGGGGAGAAUGUUGCAACUCAUGCAGCCUUAAGAACUCCGUUGGCGAAUAUAGCAAAAUCGCCAGUCUCUGCGCGGACAGCUUUACACUCUCGUUUGCCUCCCAACCAUCAAGACAGAACUGUCAGAUAUGAUGACUAG